CUUCAUUCUGUAGGAGAUAAGAAUGAGUGAGAACAAGGGAAAUGAUCUUGCUGGUAGAGUUAUCGAGUACCAGAAUCUUCAAACCUUUAACCUUCUCAAUUAUUGAUGAAAAAUUCUGUUGCAUCAAAGAUACCAAAUCAUCAAAUCCGUAAGGACUCUCCUCAUCCAUUACUAUUCCUCAAUAUAAAACCAACAUCUCAUUAUUCAAUAUUAUUAAUCUAUUAAUUUACUUUAAUCAUAUAGAAUUAUUGAUAAAAAAGAUUAUAAAAUCAUGAAAAAACGUAAAAAAUGGGUAAAAAGCAGUAAGUAAGGUGUAUGAAGAUUAAAUGGUGUAAAAAAUAAAAGUUUCAGAUAUCUUAUAGAAUUUAACCUAAUUUCAGAUUAAUAAGUUAAUUUUAGAUUAAUUAUGUGGUUUAUGAUCAGUUUGAAUAAUUUGGAUAACUUAGAUAAAAUAGGUAUUUUGUAAAUUUUUAUGUAAAUAAUUUUUAAAAAGAUAAUUGAACUGGGACUAAAAUUAUUUAUAAUAAAUUCUGAUAAAUUCCCAAUAAUAAGUUAAUUUGUGUAAGAAAUUUUUUGUUUAAAAAAUUACAACGUAUUGCACUAUAAUUUUCACUAUUAUCCACUAUAUUUCUGGCAAUAUUAUCAUUAAAAUAUUGUUAAUAUCAUUAUUAGAAUAUUAUUGAAUCAUUUUUAUUGAGAUUUUGAAAUAUAAGUUGAAUUAUGGCCGUGAAAGUUCAUGGAUCGCUCGCUAGGGCUGGCAAGGUGAGGAAUCAUACUCCGAAGGUCGCGAAACAGGAAAAGAAGAAGCCCUUGACUGGGCGAGCGAAGAAGAGACAAACUUACAACCGAAGAUUCGCAAGUAACGUUGCGGGGAAAAGACGUGGUCAAAACUCCCAGCAAUAAUUCUCAGUUUCUUAAUAUUAUAUACUAUUAUUA